GUGACACGCGCUGGAACUUGAGUAGGGACAGAGGCAGAACGAAUAUCCGGAUUCUGUAAAGCUUUCUUCCUCCUCUAGUUUUUGCCUUGGAAACAUAAUAAGGAAUUUCAGCAGAUCGAGAAGAGACAAGAAACCCUAGCAAUGGCGGAAAGUGCAGAAAUAUCGCAGGAAGUGGAAAGAAGCAGAACCAGCAGGACUUCUUCUUCAUCUCCGUUACCUUCAGAGACCUCAUCGAGCGGACGCGUUCUUCAGUUCGCUCCCUUCCAGAGCGCCGUAGACGAGGGUUUCUGGAGGAGGUUAUCGUCUCUCAAGCUCGACAAGCUAAGGCUCGACGAAUCUCCCAUCAACAUCACAGGCUUCUAUGCACCUUGUUCGCACGCACAAGUUUCUAAUCAUUUGCAGCUUCUUGCUGAAUCAUUCCUACCUGACGCUGUUGAACAAUCAUCAACCCAAGAAAUGAGUCGUGGUAAUAGGAACAGAUGCCCUGUUCCAGGUACACUUUACAACACAAAUACACUAGAGAGUUUCCAUGCCCUUGAUAAACAGAGCUUGCUAAAGAUGGAAGCAAAGAAGAUUUGGGAGGACAUUUGUUCUGGAAAAGCAGAGGAGGAGAGUGCAGUGAUUUCGAGGUUCCUUCUAAUCUCAUUUGCUGAUCUGAAACGGUGGCGCUUCCAUUAUUGGUUUGCAUUUCCUGCUUUGGUGAUUGAUCCUCCGGCAACCUUAAUUAAUCUGCAACCAGCUUCACAGUACUUCACUUUAGAAGAGGGUAUUUCACUAGCAGCAGCAUGUAAUGAAUGGCGCACGGGCUCAACUGCAGAUGUGCCAUUCUUUCUGGUUACUCUAGCUUUGAAUUCACAGGCUACUCUUAGGCCACUGAGGGACUGGGAAGUCUGCCAAGCCAAUGGUCAAAAGGUGCUAUUCGGUUUUUAUGAUCCGUGCCACCUUCCAAGCAAUCCUGGCUGGCCUCUCCGCAACUUCCUUGCACUGAUUUGCUUAAGAUGGAAGAUUGACAAGGUCCGCUUUUUAUGCUAUCGAGAAAAACAUGGCUUGGCAGAUAUGGGAUUGUCCCUUGUUGGUGAAGCCUUGGUUUCAAUUCCCGAAGCCUGGAAAGACCCUCAGUACACACCUAAGGCUGUGGGAUGGGAACUGAACAGAGGGAAGUUAGCAUCUAGGUGUAUCAGCCUUGCUGAAUCAAUGGAUCCAACCAGGUUGGCCAUAUCUGCAGCAGAUUUGAAUUUGAAGCUCAUGCGAUGGCGUACGUUGCCUUCUCUAAACUUAUGUGUUUUGUCUUCUGUUAAGUGUCUUCUCUUAGGAGCUGGCACACUUGGAUGCCAGGUUGCUCGUAUGCUUAUGGCGUGGGGUGUCCGAAAAAUCACACUACUUGACAGUGGCCGAGUGGCUAUGUCUAAUCCACUAAGGCAGUCUCUCUAUGCAUUUGAUGAUUGCCUCAACGGCGGUGAUUUGAAAUCUGUUGCAGCUGUUAGAAGUUUAAAGCGUAUAUUUCCAGCUGUGGAAGCAGAAGGUAUUGCAAUGGCAAUACCAAUGCCAGGGCAUCCAGUGCCCUCCCAAGAAGAAGCUAGUGUGCUCGAUGACUGCACCCGUCUUCAGAAUUUGAUUCUUUCCCACGACGUGACUUUCUUAUUAACGGAUACAAGAGAGAGUCGAUGGCUUCCAUCACUUCUUUGUGCUAAUGCUAAUAAGAUUGCUAUUACCGCAGCUUUAGGAUUUGACAGCUACCUUGUUAUGCGCCAUGGGGCUGGUCCUAUCAGUUCUAGUCCUAGUGUUUCUGGCAGGGUUAGUGCUAACGAUGAGGCUGAAGAUACUUUGGUUGCUAAGAUGGACAACUUAUCUACGGAAGAUGUUGAUGGAAGGCCACGGUUGGGCUGUUACUUCUGUAAUGAUGUUGUUGCGCCUAUAGAUUCAACAUCCAAUCGGACAUUGGACCAGCAAUGCACGGUUACACGUCCAGGGCUCGCCCCAAUUGCUUCCGCUCUUGCAGUUGAAUUGUUGGUGGGGAUUCUACAUCACCCUGAUGGGCUAUAUGCUCCAGGUGAUAUUUCUGAUUCCAGUUCUGGUAGCAACAACGAGCAACCCCUUGGUAUUCUGCCCCAUCAAAUCCGAGGUUCCCUUUCUCAGUUCUCUCAGCUCAUGCUCAUAGGUCACUCCUCUAACAGUUGUACGGCCUGCUCCAACACUGUUGUAUCAGAUUACAGAAGAAAAGGAAUGGAGUUUGUUGUCCGAGCUAUUAACCAACCAUCUUAUUUGGAGGAUCUCACAGGACUGACAGAGUUGAUGAAGUCCGCGAGCUCGUUCGAUCUGGAUUGGGACAACGAUACUGAUAAUGAUGCCGAGUCUGAGGCUCUUCUCAUCUGAUCUCCACUGUACAUUGGGCCUUGAAAUUUACAUGAUUCAAGCUAAUGGCAUUUCUUUUACAUUAUUUUCCCCCAUUGAAAAUUAGAGCCCCAUUUGAAACCUGCCUCAUCCUGUUCUUGUUUGAUCGUGAUGUAAUCAAUUGUAAAUAUGGGGUGAUCUCAUAAGACCUUUGCUUCCCAUUCGAGAAGAUGAAAUGUGAAGUGGCAUGUUUAGUUCUGAAA